AGGAAGCGGAAGCUGCGGAGAAGAUGGCGGCCGGGGCCGGCUGGAGAAUGGGAGCCGGGGAGCGAGGCGGCCGGGGGGCGGAGACCCUGUUCCGGGGGCUCCUCUUCUGCGUGCUGGGCUGCGGUUUCUGUUGGGGCAAUUCUGUAGAGAGGAAAAUCUAUAUCCCCUUAAACAAGACUGCCCCGUGUGUUCGUCUUUUGAAUGCCACUCAUCAAAUAGGCUGUCAGUCCUCCAUGAGUGGAGACACAGGGGUAAUCCAUGUGGUGGAGAAGGAGCAGGACCUGAAAUGGGUGCUUACUGAUGGACCUCAUCCCCCCUACAUGGUACUGCUAGAGGGGGAGCUUUUCACCAGGAAGCUGAUGCUGCAGCUGAAGGGAUCCUCACGAAUUUCUGGGCUGGCUGUGGCCAUCUCCAAACCCAGCCCCGCACAAGGAUUCUCCCCUGGCUUAAAAUGCCCAAAUGAUGGGUUUGGUGUCUAUUCCAAUAAUUAUGGCCCUCAGUAUGCUCACUGCAACUGGACUGUGUGGAAUCCUCUCGGGAAUGGCCUUGCUUACGAGGAUUUCAAUUUCCCCAUCUUUCUACUUGAAGAUGCCAACGAGACUCAAGUUAUUAAGCAGUGCUACCAAGACCAUAACCUCCCGCAGAAUGGCUCCGUCCCAGAGUAUCCUUUGUGUGCCAUGCAGCUUUUCGCCCACAUGCAUGCUGUCACCAACACGGUUACCUGCAUGAGACGGAGCUCCCUCCAGACCGCCUUCAGCCUCAACCCAGAAGAAGUCUGCGACGCUCUGUCCGAUUAUAAUGUGUGGAGCACGCUGAAACCCAUCAAUACCUCCAGCAAAAUAGACCCUAUGGAUGAAGUCAUCAUUGUUGCUACUCGAAUUGACAGCCAUUCAUUCUUCUGGAACGUAGCCCCAGGGGCAGAGAGCGCCGUCGCCUCCUUCGUGACCCACUUGGCGGCUGCUGAAGCCCUCCAUAAAGUGCCAGAUGUUCAGAAACUACCAAGGAACAUCAUGUUCACCUUCUUCCAAGGGGAGACCUUUGAUUACAUUGGCAGCUCGCGAAUGGUAUAUGACAUGCAAAUGGACAAGUUUCCCAUCCGCCUGGACAACAUUCAUUCCUUCCUGGAGCUGAGUCAGGUGGCUUUACGGAACUCCUCUGUUCUUUGGGUGCACACAGACCCUGUCUCUCAGAGGAAUGAAUCUAUUCAGCCACAGGUUAAAACACUGGUGGAAGCUCUGAUCAACAGCAGCAUGGGUGCGAAUGUGACUCUACAGGAAGUUAGUCAGUCUCAGCCUCUCCCGCCUUCUUCCUUCCAGCGCUUUCUGAGGGCCAAGCAGAUCCCUGGGGUGGUCCUGGCUGAUCAUCGCACUUCCUUCCAGAACAGAUAUUACCAGAGCAUGUAUGACACAGCAGAGAACAUCCUGAUGAAAUACCCUAAGGGGCUUAGCCCCGAGGAGACCCUGGACUAUGUCACUGACACAGCUAAGUCCCUGGCAGAAGUAGCCACAGUGGUCGCCCGUGCUCUCUACCAGCUUGCGGGGGGAACCGGCAACACCUCUGCUAUUCAGGCGGAUCCAAGAAUGGUCUCCAGAAUGCUCUAUGGGUUUCUGAUUAAAACUAACAACUCCUGGUUCCAGUCCAUCAUUAAACAGGACCUGAAAGGACUCUUGGGCGAUGAACUUCCCCAGCACUACAUUGCGGUUACCACACUGGUGAACACCACCCAGCUAGUGCAGUACGUUCUGGCCAAUCUCACAGGCACGGUUGUCAAUUUCACCAAGGAGGAGUGCCAGAACCCUGAAAAAACACCCAACCCCGAGAAGGAAAUGUACGUUUAUACAUGGGUGCAGGGUUCCAGGGACCCAAACUCAACGUCGCGAGUUCCCUUCUGUGUCCAGUCAACUGUCCAUCUAACCAAGGCCGCCUCCCCUGCCUUCGAGCUGAAGCAGUGGGGCUCCACAGAAUACUCCACGUGGACAGAGAGCCGCUGGAAGGAUAUCCGCGCCCGCAUAUUUCUCGUAGCCAGCAAGGAGCUAGAGAUAAUCACACUGGUCGUGGGCAUCGCCAUUCUGAUCCUCUCUCUCCUCGCAACCUACUUCAUCAACGCCAAAGCGCACGUGCUUUUCAGCAGCCCUGGGGACGGUGGGGCCGUGGCUUAUUGAGUGCUUCCCAUGGGUUCAGGAACCCCAGCACUUGGAUUACAACUGUUCUGACUAAAACUGCUUGGCUGACACUGGAAUGUCUCUGCUUUGAUAGGGACACGGGUGGAUCGCUAUCCAAGGGUGAGCCCAAGAAACUGAACCCAGAAACAGAAGAAACUCCCCCCCCAAAAACUGUGUUGACUAAAUUCUAAAGAGAUCAUGUUGCUUUAAAAUUUCCAAGGCCUUGAAUCUUUGUCCUCCCUUUUGGGCAACUCUGAAGAGGGUCAAUACUGGAUGCUACCACCUCCCAACUACCAUGGAUAUGUUUCCAGAAUGGGGGUGGGUGUGAAGCACAUGAAGGAAGGGCCUCUCUGGGACAUACAUGGAUGGCAGAUUUCUUUGCUCUCUGAGCCCUGGUUGUACCUCUUUUAUCUGGAUUAGCUGAAGAAUUGUCUGACAGCUGCUGUGAAUCUAUGUAAAUUACAGUGCGGACAAGGGAAGGUGUGUUGAACAAAUAAUUAGAUGUCAGAUGAUCUCCUUUUUUUAAUAGUGCAAUACUUGGGAGGCAGCCGGGUUGUACAUAUAUAAAUAGCUUGGCUUAAUUAAAAAAAAAAAAAUCACUACUUACAAACUAAUCUGCUCCCACUGCCUUUCUCCACUGCUGCUGCUUAUAGGACCAAGGAACUCUGGGGAAUGUAGUCCACUGGAUGUUGCCAUGUCUGUUGCUCUUGGGAGAAAUGGAACUUGUCAGAUAUUUACUUUCCUCACAACAAAGCUUUUCUCUCCUUUUAUAAUAGGCCGAAGGAGGAGAGAGCUAUGUCCGGAGAUUGGGCUGGGAGUCAUUUCCCUUGUCUUUUUAGAAUGUCAGCCUUUCAGGGGCUGGGAUCGUCUGCUACUCUGUUUAUACGGCGCCUAACACAAUGGGCCCCCAAUCUUGAUUAGCCCCUAGGCACGAUCACAAAAUAAACCUGAUUAAUAAUGAGCACUGACCUCAGCACCUUGCAGGAUUGAGCAUUUAGUGAUAGCAACUCAUAGACUCUAAGGUCAGAAGGGACCAAUGGCUCUGGAUUAACUUUUUGUAUCAAAAAUUCCUCCCGUCCUUCAGUAUCCGUGAUUUAAGGACAAGAAAGUGAUGUUGAUAUCCCAAGUGAACAGCUGAGAUUUGUGUAAAGGAACAAAUCAAAGAAAGUGGAGCUGGUCAGUUCCAACCCAAACAUCCUAGUCAGCCUCCUGAAGGGUUAGUUACUCCGUCUGUUCUCCAGUUGAGUCUUGAAGUGAUGCGUGCUAUGGAUUUCCACUGCUUCCCUUAGGGAAACUGCUCCACUCACUAAUACGUCUUGCUGUCAGGACACCGUUCCUGAGACUCCAAGACGGACUGUUCCUUUGCUCAUGUUCUUCUCGUUGCUCCUAGUAAUGAUGGAGAAAAGCUUCAUGUCCCAGUUUAGGCUGAAAAACUACCUUUGCAUGGUAACCGAUUUUGACACCCUUCAUCUACCUAACUUCUAACCCACCCCAACUCUGUCAGAACUAAACCAAUCUGCCUGGAAUUGCCCUCGAUAGAAUAUUUCUGCAAAUGAAGCUGUUUAGGUGAAGGGGAACUCAAAGAUAUGAGCUCACAAUUUCCUAAAAGAGGGGGUUGCAUUCAAUAUAUGAUACUUGCUCUCCUCUACAAAAUGCUGUAAGAUUUAUGGAUGAAUGGUUCUACUUAAGGCCAGGAUGGAAUUAUUGUUACACUUAAUCAAAAAUCACGUUGCUAUCGUCAGAGCUUCAGCCGUAUUUUAAAGUUGUUGUUUUGUCCCUUCCACAUGCAGAUUUAAUGCUCAUGCUGUUUUCAGAAGGCUGCUUGACUGAUUUUUCUCUCCCUCCCCCCUCGGUAUUUAUUCCUCUAUGAAGAGAGAAAUAAACCUUCUCCCUGUUCUCCACUCCAAGCUUUUUGUUCUGAAGCUGAUCGCUGGCGAGGCUAACAAACAGCUGCCUCUGUUGUCUGUGCCUACGCCACUCCAUAGAUGGCCAAUAGGUCUCCCUGUGGACAGUGCAAUAAGCAACCCUCCUAUCACGGGCUGACAAAGGGAAAGGAGAAGCAAGGGGCCAGGCUAGAAAGCGGAGCAGCAAAGACAAAUUUUCCACGCUGCUGCCAAUGCUGGAACACACCAAAAGUCACUUGACUGACAGCCCAAAAUUUGCUCUGGGUUUGGGAUUUUUUAGUCUCUCAAUAACCCUGGUUGCCAGCAGCCUCGCCUAAUCAAAAGGGUGAAAGCAAGGAACUAGCCCUCGGAACGUUUCCCUGUCCUGCUGUAGUCAGCGAAUGACUCAGUUCGCUCUUGUGCCUCUCUUCUUUUUAAGCGAAACAGGAUUGAGGAGUCGGGACUUCUGGGAGGGCAGUGAGAUCUAACAGGUGAUAGGACAUGAGGCGGCAGUAGCCCCAGGUUUCUGUUCCCUGAGUGAGUCACUUCCCCCGUGCCUCAGUUUCCCCAUCUGCAAGCAGGAAGGGAUGUUGUCCUGUUGCAUAGGAGUGUGGUGAGACUUGAUUCAUUUCCAUUUAUAAACUGCUUUGAGAUCCUGGCAGGAACUGUACUAAAGAAGGCAAAGGAUUUGUGAUUAAAAUGGAGCUAGCACUGGGGAAAGGUGCUGGCUUGCCAGCCGUGACCAAUGCAAUCCUAUCUUUACCCAUGACCAACACGGGGCAAACCCUCGUCACUCAUAGUCAUGGAGUGGAAGGGGGGUGAAAGUCCUUUGGCCUCACCCCUGACAUGUAAACCCUGGGCUCCAUGCCAGUUGUGGGUUUUGGCACAAAGACUCAUCUUACUGGGAGCAGACGGAACUGCUGUCCUGCAGCUACCCAAUGGCUUUCAGCUGUUACGUGCUCCAUGUGGAUUCAUAGCCGUGACCUAGCACUGGAAAAGCUCAUUCUCCUAUUCCCAAGCCGUCCCCUCCCUGCAUUCAUUUAGACUUCAGAUGUCUCCAGAGGAGGCCGAGUCCUCACUUUGAAACUACCCAGCUCAGUCCCCUUUCGUUCCCCUGGCUGGUCUGCUAGCUGCUUUUAUAAAUCACAGUGGCUGCUCUGUUGUCAGGGCUGCAUCUUGGUCGGGGCUCUGGCUUCUGUCGCCAGCGUCCACUGCCCAUCCUGCUUUAGCUGCAGCAGUCCUCAGCUGCAGGGAUGGAAAAGUUUAUAACUCCCCUGAUACACUUCUCCAUCAUUCCGGCGAUUAUACACAUUAAUUAGAGCGUUCCUAAUGCUAAUAAGCAGUGGUGAAUAAAUGCCUUCCCGGUACCUGACCGCCAGGCUUAUUCUGUACAUGGAUGUAGAAAAUAAUUUGAUUUUUUUUUUUGCCAUUGACUUUGAUUUCCUCUUAGCCUUUGCAAUAAACAUAAAAGCAUUGAA